AAGCAGACCCCAAAAUCAGAAGCAAACUUUCAAAUUGCCUCUAAAAAAUGACGAAGUAUCUCAACAAUUCUCUGUAUUUGGACUACGCAAGGGGCAAUAUUAAUAUAGCAGACCUCAAGCAGAUGCAGAUUUUUAAAGAGCAGACACAAAGCUGACCUAGAGUCAGCUAUUUGGGUCUUCUUUGCUGGAAUAUUCAGAGGAAAGCAAUUCGGAACCUGAUGUAGAUUUAGAGAAUCAGUACUACAACUCAAAGGCUCUCAAAGAAGAUGACCCAAGAAGUGCACUAGAAAGUUUUCAGAAAGUUUUAGAAUUGGAGGGAAAAGACAAAGGAGAAUGGGGCUUCAAGGCUCUCAAACAGAUGAUUAAAAUCAAUUUCAAGUUGGGGAACUUCCCUGAAAUGAUGAAGCGGUACAAACAGUUACUGACUUACAUAAAGUCAGCGGUUACGAGGAAUUACUCUGAGAAAUCAAUUAAUUCCAUCCUGGAUUACAUCUCCACUUCCAAACAGGUAUCACAACUCUGUGUAUUCCAUCCAUUAAGUCAGAUGGAGCUGUUGCAGAAUUUCUAUGAGACAACAUUAGAUGCCCUGAAAGAAGCCAAGAAUGAGCGACUGUGGUUCAAGACCAACACAAAGCUAGGCAAGCUGUACUUUGACAGAGGGGAUUACCAGAAGUUACAGAAAAUACUGAAACAACUUCACCAAUCUUGUCAGACAGAUGAUGGUGAAGAUGAUCUGAAGAAGGGCACACAACUGCUAGAAAUCUAUGCUCUGGAGAUUCAGAUGUACACAGCCCAGAAAAACAACAAAAAACUCAAGACCCUGUAUGAGCAAUCUCUUCACAUCAAGUCUGCCAUCCCUCACCCCCUGAUCAUGGGCGUAAUCAGAGAAUGUGGAGGAAAGAUGCACCUGAGAGAGGGAGAAUAUGAGAAGGCUCACACUGACUUCUUUGAGGCUUUUAAGAACUACGAUGAAUCUGGGAGUCCACGGAGAACAACAUGUCUGAAGUACCUGGUGCUGGCCAACAUGUUGAUGAAGUCCGGAAUCAAUCCUUUUGAUUCCCAGGAAACCAAACCGUACAAGAACGACCCAGAAAUCCUAGCCAUGACUAAUCUAGUCAGUUCAUAUCAAAAUAAUGAUAUUAAUGAAUUUGAGAAAAUCUUAAAAACCAACAGACGAAACAUCAUGGAGGACCCUUUUAUUAGAGAGCAUAUUGAAGAUUUACUUAGAAACAUCAGAACACAGGUUCUUAUAAAGCUUAUUAAACCCUACACAAGAAUUCACAUCCCUUUUAUUUCCAAGGAGCUGAAUAUUGACCCAACUGAAGUAGAAAACCUUUUAGUAUCUUGUAUUCUUGAUAGUGCUAUAAAUGGACGAAUUGACCAAGUGAAUCAGGUGUUAGAAUUGGACAGAGAGAACACAGGUACAGCCAGGUACAAUGCCAUGGACAAGUGGACCGCGCAGCUUCAGAGUCUGCACCUGGCUGUGGUCAACAAAACCACGUGAUGAUGACCCCAAACCACCAAUCAGCUGUCGACGAUUUUACCUCCUUCAAUUCAAACAUGUCCGACAUGUUCCUAAUCUUAUUACAGAAACUUCGUAGAUAACUUACAAAGAGAUACAGCUCACACUCCUAGUGCUUCAUUUGAUUCAACUUGAAUGGUGACAGUCCAUUAUCUGUCCAUAUUUUAUCUGCUAUAUGGGACAUACAUGUACUUUUGCCCAGAGAGAUAAAAGUGCUGUGAAUUUUGUCAGCUUAAUUUUAUAUGUACAUCAUUGUUUAUACAGCUAUUAUCAAAACUAUAAUAUAGGGACAAGUAUAAACUUUUGAAAAAAGGA